GCAGUAGUUGUGCGUCCGUCGUGAUGUGCGUGGCGUCAUGGCAGCUUCACUGGUACUGCUCCUUGUCGUCUUCAUCGUGCUCGCAGCCAACUCUGAAUUUAUUGAUGUCCCGCGGUUUGGGGAGCCCAUCAUCAACGUGACUGCUCCUGUAGGAAGGGAGGCUACACUUGUUUGCGUUGUCGAUGAUCUAGGUUCAUACAAGGUGGCGUGGUUGAGAGUGGACACCCAGACAAUCCUGACGAUACACAACCACGUGAUCACCAAGAACCACAGGAUCGGAGUGACCCACAGUGAUCACCGCACGUGGAUCCUGCACGUCCGGGAGAUCCGGCAAGCAGAUCGCGGCUGGUACAUGUGUCAGAUUAACACCGACCCCAUGAAGAGCCAAGUGGGGUUCCUAGAUGUCGUCGUACCUCCAGACAUCCUAGACUCACCAACCAGCACAGACAUGGUAGUGCGGGAAGGUAGUUCAGUAACCUUGAGGUGUGCCGCCUCCGGCUCUCCUGCUCCUAACAUCACAUGGCGGCGGGAGGGUGGAGAGCCCAUCACGUUACCUAAUGGACAAGAAGCUACCAAUGUUGAAGGCUCCACCUUCAACAUAUCCCGGGUGAACAGACUGCACAUGGGUGCCUACCUCUGUAUCGCCUCCAACGGCGUUCCUCCCUCCGUCAGCAAGAGGAUCAUGCUAACUGUUCACUUUCCACCGAUGAUCUGGAUCCAGAAUCAGCUGAUAGGAUCGAGGGAAGGACAACAGCUGACUCUCGAGUGUCACUCCGAAGCCUAUCCCAAAUCCAUCAACUACUGGACUCGGGACAAGGGCGAGAUAAUUGCUCACGGAGCAAAGUACGAGCCCGUGUUAGUGGAGCAGAUGUACAAAGUGAUCAUGAGACUGACCAUAAAGGCGCUGGGACCAGGGGAUUAUGGCGCUUACAAGUGUGUCUCCAAAAACUCCUUAGGAGACACAGAUGGGACAAUUAAAGUUUAUCCUGUUCUUAUGGAUAAAGUCUCAACAGCAAAGCCAAGACAUAAAGAUAAGAACAGACUCCGUCCCAAAUAUGGUGGCCACAAUGAAAUUGGAGACUCCGGAGGCUUGGCCAAACAAAGAGAGUUGAAAGUUGGGGCGUACGAUGAGCUGGACGAGGAAGACUCAGCAGCGACCCAAGCCACCCUCUCUGCGGCCCUCCUCCUCAUAGUCUUCCCCUUACUAGCAAUGGUAUAAUAGUAACCGUGCUUAGCCACAAGACUGCUCGCGCUCCGUUCGCCAGAUUUCUCGUAUUUUGUGCAAUGUGGUUCAUAUAACAUGUAUACAGAACUAUGUUUUGUAAAAUACGCCAACAAUACUAUAUUUUUAGGACAAAUUUAUACUAGUUAUAAGUUAUACUAGUUAUAACUUUGUAAAAGCUGCUCUCAGCGGGCUACGACUAACGUAGGACGAUUUAAUCAUAUCAUGAACUUAUUCAGUUGUAACAGCAAUUUUUUAUGGGGCUUGUAUUUUGUCCAUAACGCAAGUGACCAAGCUAAAUACAAGCAGGAUGUUUCUAUAAUUUGUAAAUAUAGCAUAAUAGUUAAUUAUUUUUAUGUCGUUCUAGCUUAAUAAUAAGUGCGUAUGAUGCAAGUAGUUUAGUUAAAUAAAUUUGUACUGAGUAGGCGUACAAUGUUUGAAAAACUUAGAAACUUUAGGAAAUAUUAUUAAUCGUAUGCUUUUGUAGGAAUAAUUUGUGUAGAAUUUAAUGUCCAUUUUCCGUUCCUCAACAGAAUGAAAUUUUUUGGGUAGUCCAAUAAAAAUUAUUACUUUUUUCCCAAUAACAAAAAUAAUUGCAAUAAAAUAUAUAAAAGAUAUGUUACAAAAACCUACAAUAACAUAUAUUCUUUUACGUAUAGACAUGAAAAAUGAGUAAUUCUGGCUGAUAAUUUUCGAUUAAUUAAAGGUUUAUUCUUCUAAAUUAAUUUAUUGUGAUUCCAUGAGUACGACAUAAUACAAAACAAUUAUUUAUAUGCAUUAAAUGAAAAUUGUAUAAUCAGAUAUGUAAUUAAUUAAACAUUUUGUAUUAUACUAAGAUGGUUUAUGUUUUACUUCCACUAAUUAAAUGCAGCAUACAUGGUGGUGCUGUAAUCCCAAAAUUUGCAAUAAAGCCAAUAAAAAGCAAUAUUGCAUUAUUUUCUAUACUGUUAUAUAUGUUACAUAAAGUCAAAACAUUCUGGAACAUUAAAGGUUUUUAAUUAAUCAGGUUUUUUCAC